GAUCCGCGUCGUGAUGCUGACGACGGAACUCACACCCUAUGAAGAACCCAUCGACGUUUUAAUAUCGGAUCCCCAGGGCAACAUCGUGAAACGUUGGAUCUCCAGAGCUGCAAAUGUGGGUGUUGUAUCGGUGACGUUCGAGUUGCCAGAGCUGCCGCCAGAGGGAUGGUGGAGCGUGAGGGUCAUAGCCAGAGGACAGAGAGAAGAGAAGAAAUUCCUCGUCCACAAAAUUUAUGAACCGCUUUACGAGGUUUUCGUCGAGAUGCCCUACUACGGCGUGGCAGACGCAGAGGAGAUCGAGGGCACCGUGACUGGCAGCUACCUCAGUGAAAAACCCGUGUCAGGGAAUGCGAGUCUUACUCUCUACGUGAAACAGCCUUGGACGCUUCCCGAUGCUCACUUCAAGAGAGUCUCUUCGCAGUAUUUUGAAUAUGUGCACGUGGAGGAGGACUUCGCCUUCCCGAUGGAGUCUCUGCUGGACCACGUGGAGCAGCUGGAGGGCGCGGAGGUGAAGGUGGAGUGCGAUUUCCACGACGCUUUCACCUGGAUUAAAGCGAAGGGGAGCUCCAGGUAAUGGAAAGG